AUGGAGCAGGACACAGCUGACCUGGUGAUAAUUGGCGCUGGCUGGCACGGCCUCGCCGCCGCCAAAACCGCGCUCGCACUCAACCCCACCCUUAACUUGGUCGUGCUCGACUCCGCCUCCUCGGUCGGGGGCGUGUGGGCGGAGGAGCGGCUGUAUGCAGGACUCCGGACGAACAACCGACUGGGAUCGUACGAGUAUAGCGAUUUUCCCAUGCAGGCUACCGUGCCUGAUUUGGUGAAGCCUGAUGAGCAUAUCUCGGGACGAGCGGUGCACGAGUAUUUGAAAGCGUACACUACACACUUUGGCAUCCGCGACAGGAUCAGGUUGAAUUGCAAGGUGGAUAGUGUGGAAUAUGCAGAGGCUGAUGGGGAGGGGAAGGUUUGGAUGAUCCGAUGCACAGCGGCAGCGGCAGCAGAUGCCCCAGGGCACGCCGAGGGGACCUUUAUUCGGACGCGGAAACUCAUCCUCGCCACGGGGAUGACGUCGCAGCCGCGUAUUCCGACAUUCGUCGGUCAGGAAUCGUUUGAAGCGCCGCUAUUCCACGUGAAAGAGUUCGCGCAUCACCAAGAGGCUCUUUUAAGCAAGCCCAUCGGCAACACAGGAGACCAACAUGAACACGUCCAUGACGACAGCGCCCCAAUCGCUGUCCUCGGCGGCAGCAAAUCCGCCUGGGACGCCGUGUACGCAUGCGCAUCAAAUGGCCACCGCGUAAACUGGAUCAUCCGAGCGUCCGGGACGGGCCCAUCCUGGAUGACUCCAGCUGCGGUCUUCUCACCCCUGAACCUGCUCCUCGAAAGCCUUCCUCUUGUCCGCGCACUAGGCGUAUUCAGCCCCUGCAUCUGGGUAAGCAACCCGAUACGCAGGUUCUUACACGCCACGUGGCUCGGCCGUAUUAUUAUUGCCCUGUUCUGGGCUUCGCUCGAGUGGGAUAUGCUUCGGGUCAAUCAGUAUGGGGAUCAUAAGGAGACGGCUAGAUUAAGACCCUCGGUCAAGCCAAUCUGGGCGGGGACCGCCGUGGGAAUUCUUAAUUUCCCGGAUGAUUUCUUUGCCUUAAUUCAGAAGGGGUUGGUCACGCUGCAUAUUGCCGAUGUGGAGCGCCUUCAGCUGAAAACAGUCGUACUAUCUAAUGGGGAGAGACUAGAGGUGAGAGGGCUUAUCCUAUGCACGGGGUGGAAGGCAUCCCCGGGCAUUAAGUUCCUACCAGGCGGAAUUGAACAGGAGCUCGGCUUCCCAUGGGCCGCAGACCCGCUGGAUAAGACCCUCGUCACGCAAGCCCGCAGGGAUAUUUACACCCGCCUACCGAUGCUGCGCACCGCGCCAGACAAGAGGACGUACAGCGCAAAAGAUAUAGAUGGGGAACACAUCAACGAACCAGUCUUACACCCCUUCCGUCUCGCGCGCUUCAUUGUUCCCCCAAAAUUAUGGGACGACCACAGCAUCGCUAUGCUAGGAACCGUGACAACAUUCAACACAUCGCUCGUGACUGAGGUACAGGCACUGUGGGCGCUCAUCUACCUGAAUCACGGCAGUGAUUUUGCCUACCAUCAUCAGGACAAAGAAUUGAUACUCCGCGAGACAGCACUGCACACUGAAUUCUGUGCGCUGCGCUCCCCGGCUGACCAUGGGGCGCGGAAUGCGGACUUUGUCUUUGAGGUCCUGCCGUACUUGGAUCUAUUACUUGGGGAUUUGGGUCUAAGAACGAUGAGGAAGGGGUCAUGGUGGAGGAAUCUAUUCGUUCCGCAUCAGCCGAGGGAUUAUGCGGGGUUGGUGGAGGAGUGGAAAGCACGAGUAUCUAGCUCCCAGCAGGGAGGGAAGAUGAAAGCUGCUUAA